CAACAGAUAACUAUUAAAGCUGGAAGUUUGUAUCUUUUGCUGGAUUUUGGAAAUUGAUGUAAUGGCAACAGAAUUUAUAAAGAGUUGCUGUAGAGGAUGUUUCUAUGGUGAAACAGAAAAGCACAACUUUUCCGUGGAAAAAGACUUUAAAGCAGCAGUUUCAACUGGCCAGAAUACCACCAUCUGUGUAUCUCCAUUGACUUCUGUUUCUGUGAAGCCUCAGGUUGGCUGUACUGAGGAUUAUUUACUUUCUAAAUUGCCAUCUGAUGGCAAAGAAGUACCAUUUGUGGUGCCCAAGUUUAAGUUGUCUUACAUUCAGCCCAAGAUACAAGGCACUCUUUCAUAUCUGGAAGAACUUGAAGGAUCUGCCAGAGCAUCUUUUGGAGAUCGAAAGGUAGAACUUUCUAGUUCAUCCCAGCAGGGACCCAGCUAUGAUGUCUAUAACCCAUUCUACAUGUAUCAGCACAUUUCACCUGAUUUGAGUCGGCGUUUUCCUCCUCACUCAGAAACAAUGAAGCUGUAUGGAUCAGUUUGUGAUUUAAGGACCAAUAAACUUCCUACUUCCUCUGGGCUAAGCAAAUCUAUGUUUGAUCUUACAAGUUCAUCUCAGCGAUUCAUCCAGAGACAUGAUUCAUUGUCCAGUGUACCCAGUAGCUCUUCAUCAAGGAAGAAUUCUCAGGGGAGUAACAGAAGCCUGGAUACAAUUACUCUAUCAGGAGAUGAGAGAGAGUUCGGGAGAUUGAAUGUGAAAUUGUUCUAUAAUUCUUCAGUAGAACAGAUCUGGAUUACAAUUUUACAGUGCAAAGAUUUAAGUUGGCCCUCCAGUUACGGAGAUACUCCUACUAUUUCUAUAAAAGGAAUAUUAACUUUGCCCAAACCAGUGCAUUUCAAAUCUUCAGCUAAAAAUGGCUCUAAUGUCUGCCAUGCAGAGCUUGAGUUGGGGACUUGUUUUCAAGCAAUAAAUAGCAGAAUGCAGUUACAAAUUCUUGAAGCACAAUAUCUUCCAAGCUCAUCAACACCUUUGACUUUGAGUUUUUUUGUGAAGGUGGCAAUGUUUAGCUCAGGAGAUUUGAUUUAUAAGAAAAAGACACGCUUACUGAAGGCCUCCAGUGGACAAGUAAAAUGGGGAGAAACUAUGAUUUUUCCACUUAUACAGACUGAGAAAGAAAUUAUGUUUCUUAUUAAGCUUUAUAGUCGAAGCUCUGUAAGAAGAAAACACUUUGUGGGCCAGGUUUGGAUAAGUGAAGACAGUAGUAACAUUGAUGCAGCAAACCAGUGGAAAGAGACAAUUUCAAAUCCAGAAAAAGUUGUUAUCAAGUGGCACAAAUUAAAUCCAUUAUGAAGAUUUCACGUUAAUUUGGUGAACUUGGCAUUUAUUUUAGAAGAUUUAUUUCAGUUUGCUACCAAUGAAGACACAGAUUGCUGCCUUUGUCAAUAUAUUUAUGGAGGCCAUAAUUAUAGUACAUAAUGGAUCUGAUAAAAAAAUUAAAUUUGAUGAAAAUGAAAUUAUAUCAUAUAUCCAAAGUGAAGGAAAUGUUUGAAAACUAUACCCAACAGACAGUAAAAUAAAGGAUAGUGCCACUUGGGCAAUAAAAUAAAUUAUAAA